AUGACAUUACAACUAGCUGACAGAUCCAUGAAGUAUCCCUAUGGUGUGGCAGAGGAUGUCUUAGUUAAGGUUGACAAAUUUAUGUUCCCAGUUGAUUUUGUGGUGAUGGAUAUUGAGGAAGACACUGAAGUUCCUCUAAUACUGGGAAGACCUUUCAUGAAGACAGCCAAGGUCAUUAUUGACAUUGAUGAUGGCAAAUUGAAAGUCAGGGUGCAAGAUGAUGAAGUCAACUUUAAUGUAUUUGAAGCAAUGCAGCACCUAAAGGACAAUCAACAAUGCUUCAGGAUGGAUGUGAUAGAUGAAAUUUUUUUGUCAUCCAGAAAGCAAUUGACAAAGGCAAGCCCAUUGGAAAAAGCUUUGAUUGGUGCUUGUGAUGAUCUGGAGGAUGAUGAAGAAAAGAAAGUUGAUGAAUACUUGACACAUCUGAAUUCAGCAAAAGAAAUUGCAUCAAAUGAUAUACAACUUGAGAAAUUGCAACAAGAAAAUAGAACUGAAAGUCAGAAGCUGGAGCUAAAGGUAUUACCUCCUCAUUUAAAAUAUUUUUUUCUUGCAGAUAGAGGUAACAAACCAGUGGUGAUCAGUAGUGCUUUAACGGCUUUUGAAGAGGAAAAGUUGAUUUCAGUUCUUAAGGCCAAUAAAGGUGCAAUAGGUUGGACUUUAUCUGAUCUCAAAGGAAUUAGUCCAUCCUACUGUAUGCACAAAAUUCACAUGGAGCAAGAUUACAAGCCUGUAGCACAACCUCAGUGGCGAUUGAAUCCAACCAUGAAAGAGGUGGUCAAGAAAGAAGUAAUGAAAUUGCUUGAUGCAGAAGUCUUUAUGGAUGACUUCUCUGUAUUUGAGGCUUCAUUUGAUCAAUGCCUGGAAAACUUAAACAUCUUACUGAAGCAGUGUGUUGAUACCAAUCUGGUUUUGAAUUGGGAAAAGUGUCAUUUUAUGGUUACUAAAGGUGUGGUGUUGGGCCACAAAAUCUCUGCUAAAGGUAUUGAAGUUGACAAAGCUAAAGUGGAGAUCAUUGAAAAGCUACCACCACCCAAAAAUGUGAAGGGUAUCAGGAGUUUUCUAGGCCAUGCUGGGUUCUACGAUUCAUCAAAGAUUUCUCCAGAAUUUCCAAACCACUCAAAAUUGGUUUUAGCUCCUGUGAUAAUUGCUCCUGAUUGGAAUUUAGGCUUUGAGUUAAUGUGUGAUGCAAGUGACUAUGUCAUAGGAGCAGUUUUAGGACAGAGAAAAUCCAAAUUUUUCCAUGCUAUACACUAUGCUAGCAAAGUCCUUAAUGAAGCUCAAAUUAAUUAUGCAACAAUUGAAAAGGAAUUGCUAGCUAUAGUUUAUGCAUUGGAAAAAUUUAGAGCAUAUUUGAUUGGUUCAUCUGUCACUGUAUAUAUUGAUCAUGCUGCAAUUAAAUAUUUGUUAACCAAAUCUGAUUCAAAACCAAGACUAAUUAGAUGGAUCUUAUUGUUGCAGGAAUUUGAUUUGGUGAUCAAGGACAAAAAGGGAAGUGAAAACUUUGUAGCUGAUCAUUUGUCUAGACUGGUGAAUACUGAGGUGACCAACACUCAAUCAGAGGUGUAG